AUGGAAUCUGCCGGUAUCCAUGAGAGCACGUUCAACUCGAUCAUGAAGUGCGAUGUGGAUAUCCGCAAGGAUUUGUACGCGAACACCGUGCUGUCUGGUGGUACGACCAUGUUCCCUGGUAUUGCGGAUCGUAUGCAGAAGGAGAUCACUGCGUUGGCUCCGAGUACGAUGAAGAUCAAGAUCGUUGCCCCACCGGAGCGUAAAUACUCGGCGGUCACCGAGUGGUGCGACCCAUACGAUUUGCUGGAUGUUGACUUAUCGCAGACCGACAAUACAUCCUUGAAGCUGGUGUUGAGCACUGUACCGCUAUUAAAGAGUACCGUAAUUUGGGCUGCACUGGACGUCCGUCUCAAGACAGUGGACAAAGAUGAAAGACUCAAGGAGGUGCUCCAUCAUCAUACUGGAUCUGCGAAUGAUAAAAAUACCACCCGUUUCUAUAAAACGCUAGCUGCUCAAUACUAG